UAUUGAAUGGGGAAUCCAAAAAAUCCAUUGGAAAGACCAGUAGCUGACAGCACAUUGAAUCAUAACUAUUGAGAAUUAAAUGCCCUUUCUUAAUAAAACAAAGUAAUGAAGAAAAACGGUCAGCAAGGAACCGAAUUUCCACACGUUGCAUCGUUCCUUAAAUAUUUUUUUAGACAUGGAAUUUGAGAAAUAAUGAGUCUUUAAAAGGAAUUUCACUAGCAAGACAACGAAAAACCUCUCACUCUCUUCUCUCUUACAACCCAAACUCACUCUUCUUUUUCUACCCGCUCUGAUCAUCUUCUUCCAUUGGUUUCUCCAGAGAUGGGCGAUGGCGCCGCUGUCCUCUCCAAUGGGUCACUAUCUCUAAACGCUAAGGGGAAAACAACAACCCUACCCUAAUCUGCGUCUUAAACACAAAUUCUAGCUUAUUUUCUUCUAAAUGUUUACCAAACGUUCAAAUCGAACCAUUAAUCUUAAAGCUUUGUUACCUUAAACUAAACAAAACCCAUUUUUAGCAAGCAAGGAAAUCACAUUAGACCCUAACACACAAACAAGUUUUCUCACGCAACAACGAAUUUUCAUGAUGAACAAGAGACAAAACGCGAUUUGGAUAUACAUAAAGCGAAAUCAGCUUUCAACAUGAACUUGUCCUGCUCGUAUGCACAUACUAAGUUAAAAAGGAAAAAAAAUCGUCUGGAGGUUUACCAGAAAGACAAAUUCAAAGGUAAAUGCUUUCCCCUUGUCUCUCAUUCUUCUCGUUAGCUGGCUCAUUCCUUCUACUCGCUUUUGUGCUUAGUUGAUUUUUUCAGGGCCUAGCUCCGUUCAUUCAGAGUUUUGAUGAUGAACUCUGAACUACCUUUAGUAUUUUCAGGCUUUAGUGUGAUUUGCGGAUGAAUUUCUACAGGGUAACGAUAGCGUCAUCCCCACAAUGAUUGGCAUACGUCCCUUUUUAUAGAGCCAGGUAUGUGGCAUCUUUUAUUGUGAGUUGGUAGGAGGUGAAAGGAAUCAUUCUAUUAGAAUUUGAUUUCUCUCAGAUUUGGGGGGGACCAAAAUAUGAAUCCUUGAAAUUAUUUCGAGUCAUUUCGUGCUUUGUCUGUAGUUACGUAUUUUGAUCUGUUUGAAACUCGGGUGGUCCCCUCCAUUUGGUAUGACAUCAUCUUGUAAAUUCGACUUCUUCGUAUAUGAGUAUUCUUAUGGAUUGUUUAUGUGAUAUGGUUUGAAAUUGCUCUAACGUGUGUGGCUUGUGUUUUGGCUCAGGUUUAGUAUUGCAGGACUUGCUUUUUUGUUUGCAGCAUUUUGCAAUUACACUACUUUGUUUCACAUUACCCAUCCAUUAUGGAUAUGUUUGUCUUGUAUUGUUGGUUUGGGUGAUUGCUUGCUUUGAGUUCUGUAGAACACAUGCUGCUAUGGUUGCUGAAUUAGUAUCACAUAUACCACUAAUUUUGAGAUGCCUCAUUGCAUUACAGAGCUUUUGAUUUGGGUCUCCCAAGGACUGCAUAAGUUAGGUUUGUGGGCUUCACUGCAGGUUUUGCUUUAUUUCUUCUUUUGAUAUGCAGCAGAUAUGAUAUUGAAGAUGAUUAUGCAUUGGUUUAAAUGCCAUGAUCUGCUGAUGAUCCAUGUUUCUGUUGUGAUAGUGCAUGUUUCUGUGUUGCUUCGGUCACAGUUGGUGCGUUGGUGUGUACACGGCAUUGCAGUUUUGGUUGCAGCUUUGUUCACGGUGUUGGAGCUUGGGGAAUCAUGUUGCACUUGGUGUGUACACGGCAUUGCAGUUUUGGUCGCAGCUUUGUUCACGGUGUUGGAGCUUGGGGAAUCAUGUUGCACUUGGCUACAAUUUGGCAUUGCCGUGAUGUCAUUAUUUUCAUCUAGCUUGGUGUUGCAGCCUUGCUUGCAGCUGGGAUUGUUACCGCUAGCAACUUUGGUUCAUUUUACCAUUAUGCUGUUGUUUGGUUGUUCGUUUGAAGUUUGGCAUGGCUAGUGGUGUUCGUGUGUACUGCUUGUCGGAUUGCUUUGUUUAUAAAUAAAAUCUUGUUGUAAUUCACUUUCGUCCUACUUGAAACAAUCAUUUGGACUUGGGCUAUGUAAUGUGGAAUUGAAGUAUGGUUUUAAUUAUUGGAUAUGGUUUAUGUGAA